AUGGAAGACUUGGAACUGCCCCUCAAAUCUGGAGCAGAACCGAACGCCGAAUUGGAAAGUCAAUUGUCUGCGGAUCCAGAGAACACAGAUCCCAGCACCGAAGAAAUGGCUCGUAUCUAUGAGCUUGAAGCCCGACUGCCAAUUGAUUUUAAACGUUUGGAGAAACCACUCAGACAGCUCUCUGACGAACGGGAGGUGGCCCGAAAGUAA